ACGACUGGUCCUGAAUUAUAGUGCUGCCCUCUUCUACAAAAAGCCAUGGAGCCCCGUUUCCUGAUGAGACUGUGGUGAGACCAGUGCAACCCUGUCACGCCCACAGCGCCCCCUUUCGGCCCGGACAGCCCACCAUGCUCCGGCGCCUAUGAAAGGGUACCAUGUCAGCCGUAGCAUGUCCCAGCACUCCUCUAGUGGUGGCGGAGGAGGCCCCUGCCACUGUACUCCUGAGGACUGUGACGGCCUGGGCAGAGACUACUACCAUGGUCAAAGCGAUGGCCACUAUUACCCACCAGGAGGUCCAGCUGAGGCACUGGCACUGGAGAGGCAUCACUCCCAUUCCCAUGCACACUCACACUCCCAUAGCCACUCUGGAGGGGGAACCUUCCCCCGAUCACACCCGAGCCAGCACCCACCUCUUCAGUCCUUCGACUCUUGCGAGGAGUGCCUAUCCUCAGGCCACGGAGCGAAGAUGCACCGCAUUCCCCCAAACCUGAUGGACCAGUUUGAGAAGCAGGUACCCUUUCACCCUGAUGGCUUCCACACGCUGCAGUAUCAGCGCACUGCGAGCGGGGGCACCGAACAACGUAGCGAAAGCCCAUCGCGUAUUCGCCACUUGGUCAAUUCUGUUCAGCGCCUUUUCGCCAAGUCCCAUUCCCUGGAGGCGCCAUCCAAACGGGAGUACAAUGGCACGAGGGGAGGUGGCGACUACCGAGGUGAGAGAGGGGGAGGACACCGGAGCGGAGGGGAGGACAGCCACCAUUCGGGCCACCAGUCUCGCUCCACCAGGAGGAGUAAGUCUCGAGAGCGUAGCAAGAGUGGAGACUCGCGGCAUGAGUCGGGCAGACGCCAUCGUAGCAGGACAGCGGGUUGGUGGAGCUCUGAUGACAACCUGGACAGCGACAGCAGUUUCUUGGUCAGCGGGGGUAGACGGGGGUAUCCCAGCGGACACGAGAGUCUGGAUGCUGCUAUCCAGGAGCUCACCAUGAAGAAGCCAAAGGAGCGCAGUGGUGGACCGGGCUCUGGCGAGUGCAUGGCAUGUACCACUAUGGCUCUAGCUGGAAGUGAGGGAGGAGGACACCAUGGGCACCAUGGGCAUUCUCUGAAAAGGAGCACCUGGUCAGCCAUGACAGUGAGUCAGGCCAGAGAGGUUUACCCUUCCACCAGAGGGGGCGCCUAUGAAAAAGCCCUGGUGCCCAUGGACAGUAAGCUGAAGGAGAGGACCUUCCACUAUCUGCAGGUCCCCUCAGAGGAUUGGGGAGGGGGAUACGGCGGUGGAGGCGGCGCGGCGGACAGUGGAGGGGAGAUUCCCUGCCGUCGAAUGCGGAGCGGCAGCUACAUCAAAGCCAUGGGCGACGACGACAGCGCCGACUCGGAGACGAGUCCCAAAGCCUCGCCAAAGUCUACUUUGAUCGCUCAGAGGGACGCCUUCAGACGGGCUAUCAGCAUGGAUCAAAGGUACUCGUGUAAGCAGUGCACAGAUUCUUACCCCAACAGCCGAACGGCACCAAAAGCUCAUGCUCGCUCUCGCAGUUACACCCGCUCUUUGACCAGCUCACAGCUAGGAGACACGCUGAACCAUCAGUUCGAGGCGGUGUGUGAAACCAUGUUCGGGGAGGUGGAGUCCCAAGCCGUCGAGGCUCUGGAUCUUCCAGGCGUGUUCCGCACUCGCAGCCACAGCUACGUGCGCGCCAUCCAGGCCGGCUGCUCCCAGGACGACGACUGCCUCUCGGUCUUCUCCAUGUCGGGCCCCCAAGGAAGCGUCAAGGGUGGGGCCGUCUUUCCUUACCGUAAAGGUGCUCCCCCCCCACUCCCGCCUCGCAUGUCCAAGUCUUCUCUCUCGGUGCGAGCACAGAGCAGCACCGAGUCCACCCAGGAUGCCUACUUUCAGAGCGGUGGGCAGAUGGCUCUGGGCCCCGGCCCCGGCACCGGCCCCGGGCGCCCCAAGCAGCACAGCAACUCUGUGGACCUCGGGAGCUCCGAGGGACCCUCGGGUCGCACUUCCAGAGGCGGGUACUACGUGGCCGGCGGGCCCGGGCGCUCCAGACAGCACAGUAACUCUGCAGAGAGCCUGGACGGGGUCAGGGGUUCGAGGGAGCUGGUGCCCUACGGCGGGGGGCCGGGAGUCGGCGUGAGGACCAAACACAGCUGCUCGGCUGACAGCCUGCUGGAGGGUCCACCGAGGCCGGCCAGGGAAAGGGACAGCAGGGUGGUCAGCAGCCUGGGGAAGUCCACCUCCGUAACUCAGAACAGCAUUGUGUUGAGUAAAGCUGGGGGGCAGGAUGAUGGACGUGGGGGCAGGAAGUGGAGACCAUCUAUCGCUGUGCAGGUGGACAGCUCAGAGACACUGUCUGACUCAGACGCAGAGGGAAAGGCCCUCACUGAGGUGCACUCUGUGGGAAUCCAAGUGGAAGAUGAGAAAAGGCGUGCUCGAUUCAAACGUUCCAACAGCGUGACGGCGAGCGUGCAGGCCGACCUGGACCCUGAGGGCUUCCCGGGCCUCAGCAUAGCCGUGCCGACGCAGGACAAGGGCCUCCAGUUCGGCUGCUCCUUCCAGAGGCACUCGUCUGAGCCCGAGUCUGCGAGCCAGUACACGGAGUGCCACCGCACCGUCCACACACAGGGCCAGUGGGCCUACAGAGAGGAUUUUUUACAGGGUGGGUACAGCACCGAGGCCUGCCAAGCAGACACACGCCCCCACCAGCCCCCACACUUGCCUCCUCGCGCCCACUCUCCUUUGCCCAUAACCUCGGAGCGAGCCUGGGCGGCCACACCCUCCAUCGAGGGCCCCCGCAGCCUGCCCGACUCGGGCCGGACCUCGCCUUGCAUGAGAGACGGGGAGUUCUUUUUGCGCCUCCUGCAGACGGAGGUGGAGCGGAUGGAGGGCUGGUGCCAGAACAUGGAGAGGGAGGCCGAGGAGAACGAGCUUCCAGAGGAGGUUCUCGAGCUCAUUCGAAACGCGGUGGGCAGCGCCCAGAUGCUCAUGUCUCAAAAAGUCCAGCAGUUCUUCCGUCUCUGCCAGCAGAGUGUGGACCCCUCUGCCUACCCUCAGCCCACAUCCCAGGACCUGGCAGCCUUCUGGGACCUGCUCCAGCUCAACAUCGAGGACGUGAGGGUCAAGUUUCAGGACCUCCAGAGGAUCAAGGACAGUGGUUGGAGGCUCCCGCCUGAAAAAAAGGAGGACAAGAAGCUCCCUCCUCCCUUACCAAAGAAGCCAGCAGGCGGGGUGAGCGGCAGCCUCCGAGCGGACAGUGUAGGAGACGGGGUCGCCGGAAGUGGAGGAAGCGGAUCUGGAGGGCUGGUGGUGCCACGAAUCGGAGGCCACACUCUUCCCAUCAGGGAAAAAUCUCUGGAGCUCGGGGAUCGGAGGACAGAGGCGAGGAGGAGGCUGCUGCAGGCGAAGCGCACCGCCUCCUUCCGGCAGAACUCGGCCACAGAGAGCGCCGACAGCAUCGAGAUCUACAUCCCCGAAGCCCAGACUCGACUCUGAACACAAGACUCGGGGCAUCACCCUCCCCUCCUCCGGCACACCCACCCUUUACUCCUGCAGAGUGUUUUUUUCUUUAACCUUCUGCAAGUCUUCACGAGCCACUCCCCUCACCCAUUUCCAUCAAAUCCAGCGAUCACACCUAUUAAACAAGCAAUGACAGCCAUUUUAGUGUCUUGAAAUUGAAAGGUUUUGUCGAUACGCAGGCCUAGACCUUACAUAGGCAACUAGAAGAAGACAUUUUUACUUCCUUCUUACAGACUAUGAUUUUUUUUCUUUUUUUUUACAGUGAUUUUGGCUGACAAAAAAACUUCACUUUUGUAACGGCAGUCAGCAGCAGUUCACGUCGUAGCAUGCCUGUACGUGUUCACUUAGCACAUAAAGGGCUUUACAGGCACAAGACCUCGGACAGGAUCCCCCAAGCGUGGACCCCUGAUGCCAUUUAAAGCAAGACUGACUAUUUGUAGGCGCUCUGACUUCACCACCUUGAUGUUUCUGUACUUUUCACUGACGCUACACGAAGAUGAAUCAACUUGUAUAAAUUUCUCAGCCCUCCAGAGUGAGACCUGACGAUCAUAACCUUCGAAUCAACAACUAGAGCUUGCACCUUACGCUCAGGUGCCAUCUGUUCACACAGGCACUCACUGAAAGAAUACAAAACUUUUUUUGUUUGUUUGUAUGUAUCCAUCGACUCCUCUCAUCAUUCAGCAGGGAGGCUCUUCAAAAGUGCUGAUAGUCUACGGAGUGUGUUUUUUUCUUAUUUUAUUUUUUGCCAAAAGGAGUUUUUGCAUCACAGCAUUGAGUAGGACAAAACUAGAGAUAGAGUGAAAAAAUUGAGCUGUUUGCUCCUUACGUAGUCUCUAUGAAGCUUGGAGGGUACAGCAGAGAGGUUGCAGGAAGUUUUUUUUAGGAGGGUGGGGGUGGGGUGUACUUUGGUGGCUUUCCAGAUUUGACUUUUCACUGUGAGAGUAAAGCACCACCAAGUGGUCAAACGAGGAUGUAUUCUGACAACAGCAGACUGUAGGGAGUUUGAUUCAUCCCCGAUAAAAUGACCAUUGGUUUCUAUCAGCGGGCUUUUCUUUUACAUUUGUCUUAAAUCUAAAGUGUGUUCCUCUUAAUUCCACACAGCACUGAGAAAAGAACAAUGGAUUUUGUUGGCUGAAAGAAACAAAAUUGAGCCAUUUACUACAAAUGGUAGUUCUCCUUAGAGUCUUUCCAAAGAGUCAUCAGAAUCUAACAAAAGUCAUUUACACUAGAACCUGUUUUAUUGAUAAUAGUUGAAAACACUUGAUGCGAAUGAAUAUUUAUGUUUAUAUUCCCUGAAAGGGGCUGUUAGGCCAUUUUGAAGUGAGUAUAUGUAAAAAGGUUAUAAAUUGUGACUAGCUAACCUGUUGUAUAUAACAUCUGGAACAAUCUGAGUUUAUAGAAGUAGAGUUUAAGUCCAGCAGGACUGAUGAGCUAAUGGCUAGUUCUAAGGCAGCUGGAUUAGUGCUGUUUUCUGAUGGCUCCAACAGAAUUUGCACAAACGCCUAUGAAAUUCAAAGAUUGGAGUAGUUUUAUGUAGACAGUAUUUGGCUAUGGAAGUAAAUUCUUAUCUUAUCUUAUCUUAUCUUAUCUUAUCUUAUCUUAUCUUAUCUUAUCUUAUCUUGGUCCAUUGUCACCAUUUGAACCAAUGGAUCUUUUGAACCAUUGGGACCAUUGCAUCAUUUGGACCAUUUGGAGCAUUGAACCAUCAGACCAUUUGAACCGCUAGGGCAGUUUGAACUACUGGGACAAUUUGGACUAUUGAGACCAUUUGGCCAUUUGGGCCACUGGAUCAUUUAAACCUUUUGAACCACUGGGCUAUUUGAACCAUUGGGACCAUUUGAACCAUUGGACCGUUUAAUCCAUUUGAACCAUUGUGUCAUUUGAACCAUUGGACCGUGUAAACCAUUUGAACCUUUGGGCCAUUUGAACCAUUGGGCCAUUUGAACCAUUGGACCGUUUAAGCCAUUUGAACCUUAGGGCCAUUUGAAGCAUUGGGACCAUUUGAACCAUUGGACCAUUUAAACCAUUUGAACCAUUGAGCCAUUUGAACCAUUGGGAGCAUUUGAACCAUUGGGUCAUUUGAACCAUUGGGACCAUUUGAACCAUUGGGCCAUUUGAACCAUUGGGACCAUUUGAACCAUUGGACCAUUCAAACCAUUUGAACCAUUGGGCCAUUUGAACCACUGGGACCAUUUGAACCAUUGGACCGUUUAAACCUUUUGAACCAUUGGGACCAUUUGAACCAUUGGACCGUUUAAACCUUUUGAACCAUUGGGACCAUUUGAACCAUUGGACCGUUUAAACCAUUUGAACCUUGGGACCAUUAGGACUAUUUGAAGCACUGUGAUCAUUUGGACCAUAUUAGCUUUUUAAUUUGAUGUAAAUGGACCAACUUACCCACUGCUGCAUUAAAACAGCUCCAAACUUCAAAAUCCUAUGGAGGUUUAAGAUAUUACACCUCAUUCUAUUUCACAUUUUACAGUUAAUUUUUUUGCAGAAGCAUUAGGAACUUGUUGCCAAAUGUUAACUCUGGCUACCGCCUUCAAUACUCCCUUGCAAAAGAGAUCUGUGAUGUCAGUGGGAUUUGCCUGGUUAACUGAAGAUUAAUAUGAUACCUCUUAAGUGCUAGUUGCUAUUUCCACUAUUUAUGCUUGUAUUGAGCAUGGAAUUCUUGUAGCAUUUACAUACUGGUUAUGAAAUUUGGAGUUUGGUUCUGUUUUAAGAUGGCCUUGUUUUUACAGUCUUGGCUGUGUUGGGACUAGGCUUUAGCUCAUUAGUCCUGUCAGACUUACACUGUGUUUCUUCAAAUUGAAGCCAUUCAAGAAGGUAUCUACAACAGGUGACGCAUUGAUCAUUUAUAGCAUUUAUUUCAAAGUUUUACUCAGAAACACACUUCAAAGUUGCCCUUUAUAUUAUUUUUAUUCUUUUCUCACAAAAAGAAUGAUUGAUUUUCUUGGUUGAAAGAAACUAAAUGGAGCCAUUUACUAUGAACAACAGCUCUCUUUAAAGUCCUUCCAAAGAGCCAUCAAGGUCCAUCGAAAACCAACAAUCAAACAAUUUACACUAAUGCUUAUUAUUAAAGUCAUAAUAUUUUACAUUUCUGUUUGAAAUGGAAAACUUUUGAUAUGAAUGGAACUUCGUAUUUGUUGUGCAAUUUGUUUCUCCUUAUUUUCCUCCUGAAACUUAGUUUCCACCAUACAAAGUUUAACACAAGUUUUUUUUCUCUCGUUUACAACAUGAAGUGAAAAGAAAAGAUUUUAAAUGAGUAUUUUUUAUGGUUGUGUAAUUGCUUGCGUGUGAAUGCGCUGGAAUUACCAAAUAUGAAAGGCUGUGUGAAACUUACACCCAAAAGUCGAAAUCUGCUAUUUGAAAGAGAAAAAUGACAAAAUAUUUGACUUUUUAAGCAUGACUUUCUUCCUUUUCUUUUCUUUGACAGAAUAUGUUGGGAAAAAAUUAGAUAUUUUAUUGGGAGAUGUAUAUUUUAUAAUAUAAUCUACAUUUCUAGAUGAGUAGAGAUUAAUGAGUACAGUAUAUGUACAAAAAUCAUAUAUCAAAUGUGAAAUACUGCAGUAUUAUUAUGAUAGAUUAUAGCAUUGUGGUAUACUGCAGCUGUGUGGCAUAUCCAGACUCAGUACAUGUGGAAAAAAAGUUAAUUCAGACGACUAUUAUUGUCUUGAAUUUGUGAGUCAGGUUCACAGGGUAUGACCGGCAAGAAGGUUAUUGCCAAGUAUGAUCCUUCUUAGGCCUACGGAAUAUCUGUGUGUGGUUCUCACAACGUGUACUGCUGUAUCCUCAUCUUUGUAUUCUCUUUAGAAGCAACUACAUGUGCCUAACCAGCUAUAUGUGGAGGUUUCCUUUGAACACAGUUUACACUUUAAAUAUAUAUAUAUAGAGAGAGAAAACUAUGUAAAUAGAAAAGUAUAAAGAGAAUAUUGUUAAAGAAAA